AUGGCCGCAUAUUUCCCUAACAAAGCGCAGGGGCAAUACUUACAGAUGUUACUUCACAAACUCGACAAAAUCAAGCAAGGGGAAGUGAUAAUGUGCGUAGACUUUAACUGUAUACAGUCACCCGUGCUGGACACCACAGCCAAUCUUACAGGCAAUAGCAGGAAGAAGUUGAUCUCCACCAGGAAAUCCUUCACUAAACUAAUUGACCACUAUGAUUUCUAUGACGCAUUGAGGACCCUCCACCCGAGCGACAGAGACUACUUCUUCCACUCAAGGGCCCAUAACACAUACACGCGCAUAGAUACGUUCUUUUUAGAUAGACAUCUACUAGCACGACUGAAUAGAUGUACAGUAGGGGACAUGACGUGGUCAGAUCAUGGUACAGUAUACCUGGAAAUACACGAUGCGUACCAAUUUAAAGGGAGGAGUACAUGGCGACUAAAUGAUUCACUACUACUAAACGGCCCAUUCGAACAAGAAAUUAGAGAUGCCCUACAGGCAUACUUCACCACCAAUGCGGGAGGGGAGGCUUCAGAUGACAUAGUAUGGUCUGCACACAAAGCAGUAGUAAGAGGGCUAUUCCUUAGAAAAGCCUCCUAUCUGAAAAAACACCACCAAACCAACCUCCUUGAUUGCCACAAGCAAAUAGCCUUAGUCUCCAAACAAAACAAAAAACAACCUACACCAGUGCUAGCAUCACAACUACAAAACUUACACACAAAACUGACCGAACUGAACGCAGAGAAAACAAAAACCUUACUAUUUAAACUUAAAGCUAAUGUCUACCACAAUAGUGGCAAAGCUAGUAAACACCUAGCUAACAGACUCAGGGCCAAAUACGCCAGCACCAAAAUCGCACGUAUCACAGUGGCGGACGACAACCAAUACCAAACCCCCGCAGACAUCAGCUGGGAAUUUGCAAAAUUCUACUCUGAACUAUACAACCUCAAAGAGGCAGGCAACAUACAUAUAGCAAAACAUGAUGAAAUAGAUGAAUAUUUGAGACGAACCAACCUCCCCCAGGUCUCCCAGGUCAAAAUAGCAGACCUACUCAAACCAAUAGACUUACAGGAACUCUUACAGGUGAUAGAGGGACUGCCGGGGGGUAAAUUGCCAGGAGCAGACGGCCUUACCAAUGCUUACUACAAGAUAUUUGCAAAUUAA